AGGCUGCCCCGUCUAGGUAUGGCCGAAGCUCUUUCCCCUCUUAAAAAUGCAUUUCUAUUUGACGAACCAUCCGAAAUCUUCAUUCAGAUUCAGAGUCUUGGGAUGUAUGGUCUAUAUACACGGAUGCAUAGGACGCAUCCAGAAUGAACGAUCUUCGGAUGUGUCUAUGUAUAAGGAUCAUGGAUUUUCUUCAAUAGGACGAGCAUCUCUAACAGAAGUCGCGCGAUCAUGGUCGUGAGAAGACGUCCUCCAACAAAGAACGUCCUGAAACUCGUGUGGGUACUCUUCUAACUUUUCUUGCUUUUCCAAAAAGUUUUUUUAGACAUGCAUCGUCUAGAGUUCUUUUCUAGAUGAUCUACAUCUUUCUAGUUCUAGAGUCAUCUCUACUAGAGACAUGGAAUCUGUUGAAAAAGUCAUUUUCAUAUUACCAUUUACGGAAGAAUCGGGGGUAGUACUAGUAACUAAACCCGAACGAAAACAACCAGGACGAGGAGAGGAAGACAAGCCUCAGACGUGUGAGGAGCUUUGGAAUAAUCGCAAGUUGGCCUGCAAGACGAGCAUGAUCAAUGCCGAAUGGGUAAUUAUUUUUUAUAGUAGAAACUAAAUUCAUAUCACUGAGGUGGCGAUAGAGCACAUACUUAUAAUAUAUGAUAUCAAGGAGCUGAUGUUGCAUGCCAGGGCUGUGUCCGAGGGAAUGCAGAAUCAUGGAUAUCAUGAUGGAGCACCAUCGUCACAAGUGUAAGGGACAGGACACAAGUUUUGGUCAUCAUGAAGUACGAUAUCAAACGGUCGUAUGGGCAUGAAACCACUACGAAUGCGCCAUAGUUAAGAGGCGCGAUCAUGUAGGAACGCGGCCAAGCCGGUUCCUUAGUCUGAGACGACUACGAUCUAGAUCAUCUACGAACAAAUGGUGGCAAGGGCCUUUUGGUGUCAUUUGGAUCGGCUUCAUGGAUCGUUGAUCGGCUGAUUCAUUUGUGCGACUGCUUGAUAACAUAAGUGGAGGAUCAAUGUAGAGAAAAGUCAAGGUAGAGGUGAUACUGCGAACUUGGCAGUGUCUGUCUCGUUGCUGGGCUGUUAUAGUCUAAUAAAUACUUAAGUAUCGAUUUUAAAUUUGAUGCAUUCAUCGAGGAGACGGUGUGGCUUGACAUCCUUAUCUGAAGACUACAUUGAUUUUUGAGACACCUCAUCUAGAAGCACUCUUUAAUUUAGGUACUACUCUCGUGGUUGUCGUAUUCACAGGUUUUCACUAGUAUUCGACAGGUAUUCACGACAGUGAAUCUGAACUACCGUUACUGGAAUAAUAGUUCACUAUUCGGUAACCUGAUUUCGAGCUCACGUAGGGUGCUACUCUUCUUGCUUUUCCGUGUGAUCAAAAUCAGGUUCUUACCAAAUUCCAGAACCAUUCAGUUUGUUAUAUCUUUUUCCCAACCUUCUAGGUGUACUUAGGGAAGCACCAGGCGUUCUUGAUUUAUCGUUUUUUUUUUCAACCUACGUGGACUUAGGUAUUAUGCAGCUUGUUGUUCAAUCAACCUAUACCUAGGUGUACUUACGGUUACGUAACAAUCAAUCAAUCAAUCAAUCAAGUUCUAGGUGUGCUUAAGUAUCGUGCUUCUUAAUUUAUCGCUUUUUAGGUGGUUCCUUCCCGCGAAGCAGUUACGAAAAGUUUCAAGGACAAGGGGGACAUGGAUUUGCUGGCCGAUCGUACGCUCGAUUUCAUAAGAGACAACGUAUGUUGUCCCGCUUAAGGCAUAACUGUAGAAGCGUUUUUGCUAAUAUACUUACCUACAACAGGGGAAGACGAAUAACAUCACGAACAUAUCACUUACUAGUAUUUGAUAUUGAUGUCGACGAGUCAACAUAUGAAUACGUUCGUUGACAACGACCGUGGUAUUCAAACUUGACUCGUCGUGAUUGGCCACUUAGUAAUUUAGCUAGGAUGCACUACACACUACAUUUUUGUCCUCUAAUAGCAUGUGAGGACGCAUGUUCCAGUUCCUCCAGUAUGUGACAAAUGUUCUCGCUGUUUAUUGCUAUCAUAUUUUUCCAUGCUAUUAUAUUUCUCAAUGCUAUAACACUGAAACGACCUGCGCGAAGGUGGUAAAGAAAUGGAACAAACAUUUUUUACCCAGAGGAAAAGGGAUUUGCAAGGGGCGUUCCGAUCCGCCUGUUGAGCUGGAGGUACAACAAGUUACUGCAUACCGUUGUAUAUGUACUAAUAAAUAAUGUGUAGUGCACGGAUUUUAAGUAAGUAGGCUACUCGGAAUCGGAUGAAGUUAUUUUUAAGAGGGUGAGGUGUUUGUCGUGUGAGUGAAUGAAUUGAUAAUUCUUUUUUUGAUACUGAUUCCACAACUCUCGUCUGACAAUAGGGUUAGGGUAGUGGAAGAAAAAACAAACAUUAGCAUGGUGUUAAAAGGAAGGUGACGAGGUGGGGAAGGUGACAGGAACAGUUUGGAUUUUGGUUUUUUGACUAUUCGAAAACUCAAAAUACCCGAGUUACUGACUGAAAUAAGGGAGGUAGCUUAACGCCAAGGCUACUCUUCCUUCUCAUCAGUAUCUCGGUUAUUCUGAUCAGUUACUUGCUUUUUUCACUAGGAGCGUCUUUGAUAAUUAUAGUGUCUUCGCAGAUAAGUCCAAGAAGAAGCACAGUGCAAGGGAUAAAACGAAAACAACCUGGAUCCACAACCGCCUGCAGUAUAGGCACAAUCAUCAUCAGCAUCAUCAUCGUCGGGCCUUUCAUCUAAUAUAUUGACUAUUUUCUUGCUCAGGUGCGUGAAAACUGGUCUAAGAGGAUUCUUGAAACGUACAACAAGCGGGGCCCGAGUGGGCUCUUCGCUUAUGUCGCGGAUGCCUGCUGUGGAGGUUUAAGGCUUCCCCUAAUCCAUGUCGUCUAUAGAAGGGUCCACCCCUCAAGAACAGCUACACCAUGCCUCCUAAGAUAAGAUGAGACGAGAUACUGAGGCCUAGGCUAUUCUUGAGGGAUUUCCUCCCACAGGGAUGAAUUGGGGAGAGGUCUAAUAAGUCAUAUACGGAACACGAAUAGACCAUCACAUCACGAGAUGCUGUGCAAGGAUGCGGUGCGGGACUGGAUAGAGUACAGCAGCAAAAAAAUUAAGGGUUCCCACAUUACAUCCUUUUCCUUCACCAACAUCCUUGGCCUCUUCUCCAAUAGGAGAGAAGUCAAGGAAUGUAAUUCUGUAACCUCUAAAGAUCAAGAUGUGUCGCAAGAAGUCGCUACUUUCUGCGAGGAGAACUCCGUUCGAUCUUCUGCAACCGACAAGCCGCUCCUUCCCAAUUUGGCUCCAAGUCCAACCACGGUAGUAAAAAUGCGCUCGGCUACUUGUGUAUUGUAAUUUCUUUGAUAAUGUGGAGAAUCAAGAAGGCACAGAAUAAGGCUGGCGAGGUCAACAAAAUACUCUGCAGCAGCAAGGCCGAGGCAAAGCUGAAGGCCAAGGCUUUGAACUCGUUCGCUUGCCCGGUAGUUGCUUGGGGGGCUGAGACUUGGGCACCAAGACCAGCGCAGAACCAACCAGGGGGGGGCGCUGCGCUGGGAACCUUCUGGAAUAGGAGGCUGCGGCUGUGCCUGGGGAUCACGAAAAGAGAGAGGAGGACAACCGAAAGCACCCCGGCACAGCUGGGCCCAAAAGUGACUAUCGACGAGACUGCGGGCGAGGGCUCUGCGGCUGAGAUACCUGGGCCAUUUGGUAAGACAUCAAGCGGAGCGAUUGGUGGGCAGGAUGAUAAGCGCGAAACACGCAGAAAAUUCAACUAGACCAUGUAGAUGAAGAGGCCGACAGAAGGAAACGCGGAGAGACAGGACCUCAGGAGAGCUGGCGGCGAAGCAGCGGAGCGCCCUCACAGCUUCCACAUCAGCGAAAUUCGUAGAACUCAAAGAAGAUUCAGGGAAGCCGUGGGCCCAACCCGAACUGACUAGGACAUCAGCAAGAUGGGCAAUAUUUUUUUCGAUGAUAAUAUCUUCGAUAAAUAGUGAAGAUUUAUGUUUCGGGCUGCAGGGCAGCGCCCAUCCGCCGAGCGCGGGGGGGGGCGUGGAUCCCUGGACCCCUCUUGGAGGCGUCUGCCGGGGGUGGAAUGCUUCGAAAGGGGUCCAAAGACCCUCCUCUGCUCCCCUCUGGCUGCCUGCAUGUACCCUACGGACUUCCUUUGUGCUUGCCCCUUGCCGCAGCAGCAGGGCGCCGGGCGUGGAAGGGCUCCGAAAGCGGCAAAAGGCGCAAGGCUGGACCCCUUGAGCCGUGUUGCUUGUACCCUCCGGGCCCUUGGUCAUCGGGCUGCUGGAUCUUGGCGCGCAUUUGAUGAGGACAACCCAGCAAAAGGGGCCAGGCCGCGAGACCGUGGCCGCCUUCGGCGGUCUUCUUCCCCGGAGCCCUCCGGCCUGCGAGGGUCGGCAGAGGCCAGGGCGCCUUUUGGGAACAUGCCGCUCCGAGCCUUGACGCCUUGCUUUCACCCCGAGAACCCGCGAAACAGAGCGCGGAAACAAAAGAGCGCGCAAGCGCCACCACAGAGCCAACCACAGGGGGGGGGGCGUGUGUCCCUGUAACGUAUAUUAGAAUGAUUUAUAGGACGGAUCUCGGAUGGACUUGGAUGGAUCGGGUGGACCCCCCUAAGUCUUCCGAUUCUCUUUGAAAUGGUGGGAAGUCCAUCCGAUCCUUCCGAUCCACCCCAUCCCGGAUCUGGCACCCUUAUAAAAUACUCUAGUAUAUUAUAGUUUGCUGAAAUUUAACCAGUGGAAGUACCCGCGCAACAAGAUGAUACUUCUGGAGUUCUUGUUCACAACUUCUAGAAAUUAUAUUGUUCUUACGACUACAUCAACAAGAACCAUUCCUCCUCCGCAAAAUCUUCGAAAUUCAACUUCUAUAUUUACCCCUCAUCAUCGUCGCUCCCUCAUCGUAUAAUAAUACCAUCAUCGUACUAUAUCAUCAUCAUAUUCAUCUCCUCCUCUUGAAAAUUUCAAUAAAUCGUCACACUCUCGAGGUAAGUAAAUACUGGCUGCAAGAUACCAAGCUAACGUCGGAGCAGAUAGGAGCCAUUAAGCCUGCGUCGAAGGAGCUCGCAAAGAGUUGCUGCAAAGAGAGAGAGGGUUAUUAAGAUGAACAUCAUUGUUGUCGCUGUCGUGGGAGUACUAGAGUUAAGUAGAUUCUGGUAGGCUCCAGCACCACAAAAGCUAUGGAGGUGCUGGUUGGAAAAAUGCUAAUUAUGAUUUCUUUCUAAAAGAUGAAUUUGAAUUUGUAAAUUGAUGUCUCCUAAAAGAAUUAAAUUGAGACCUCCUUCCUAAAAGUUCCAGCACUUCUAAAAUGCUUCUAAUUUGAAGACGCCAUUGAUUUGCCUUGUCGUCAAUCAUCGUGUGGGGUAGAUGAAGUAGUGUAGUUUUGCUGUAGUAGGUCCUCAGAGUAGUGCACGAGUAUUUUUUUUUCUAGAACAUCUUUCAUAGAAGUGCAAUCUCAAUGUCAAUCAAGAACUAUUCGAUUCUCCCCCAUCAUCCCAAAGAUUGAGCAAUUUUUUCCCGAGCAUCUAAUAUUUGGUGAAGUCAGGGAAGAGCAGAGGAGGCACAAGUUUCCACGUCAGGAGAGGAGGGACAGCACAAGAGGAGGGACAGCACAAGACGAACCGCACGCGAAGGGCAGUUUGCUUUGAAAAUAAUUGUAGGAAAUCAGACUUCAGUUCUACACAUCAACUCUUCUGGAGAUUAUUAUAAGGAGAUGAUGACCAACUACUACGAAGUCGAAGCAUGAAAACCAUGAAACAUAGCUAGGUUACGACAACUCUGAUUAUGUAGAUGAUUUAUGUUCUCAAAAGGUAAUGCUCAUGUGGCAACUCUUACUCAGUAACGAAGAUCUUUGGCAAUAUUUUGAUUGCUGUUGCUCACUCGGCCGUACACUUGGCCAAAGGAGUGCCAGCGGCCAUCGACGCGGCCAGCUUCGCCCCCGCGCCUUUCUCUCCAAUGCAAUGGCAUCGAGCUCUGCCUCUUCGCGCCAAUACACAGGCGCGCGCAAUGUGAUCAGCCUGGCAGUAGCUCAGCCCAGGCCAAGAGCGCGCCUGAGGUGAGGCCAAUACAGCGCGGACGGCCGCGGGCAGCUCCCUGCGCCGAUAGAUUGGCGCGCGAAUUCUCGGUGGAGCGCGUCCGCGCAUGCCGCGUGCCCGCGCAGUGCCACGCGCCUCCCUGUGCAACCCCAUGCGCCUGCGCAACACCACGGACGCGCCGGCGCAGUCUCAUGCUCUCGCGCAAACCACGCGCCGGCGCAAUGAAUCCCACGCGCCCACGCAGUAUGACGCGCUUGCGCAGUUGAAUCCUAUGCGCCCGCGCAAUACAACGCGCCUGCGCAAGCCACGCGCUUGCGCAAUCCCGCGCGGUACCACCCACGCGCCUGCGCAGUGUCACGCGCCCGUGCAGUAGGUACCACGCGCCCGCGCAGUGCCACGCACCUGCGCAACCCCGCGCACCUGUGUGGUGCCACGCCUCUCCUGCAUCUAGGACCAAAAAAUUUAAUGUGUCGGACUACCAGGCACUGCUUCUGCUACGCUCAUGUAAAUAUGAUUGAUAGGACUUACAGGGACGCACGGCCCCCUCCUUGUGGGUGGCCCCGUGGUGGCGCUUGCGCGCUCUUUUCCGCGCUCUUUUCUGCGGAUUCUCGGGGUGGACGGCGGCAAAACUUGGAGCGGGCGGCCCCUUGCGCCUCUCUGCAGAUCCCUGACAGACGUCCUGGCCCCUGCCGACCCUCGCAGGCUGGAGGCCUUCGGGGUAGGACGAUGGCGGCCACGGUCUCGAGGCCUGGCUCCUUUUGCUGGGUUGCCCUCAUCAAACGCGCGGCAAGAACCGGCAGGCCGAUCGCCAAGGGCCCGGAGGAUACAGGCCACACGGCUCAGGGGGUCCAGCCUUGUGCCUUUUGCGGCCUUCGGGGGCCUUCCACGCCCGGCAAACUGCUGCGGGGGCGAGGGGCCAGCACACAGGGAGCCUGUAGGGCUAUGGUACACGCAGGCAGCUGGAAGGGAGCGGAGGAGGCUCCUACUUGGACCCCUUUGGAAGCUUGCCACCCCCGGCAGACGCCUCCAAAAGGGGCCCGGAGAUCCACGCGCCCCCCCCCUUACGCUAGGGGGGGCCGCUGCCUUGCACCCUGGAGCAUAUUUAUAAUAUGUAUUUGUCUCUUACUUUGCUUGCGUUUUUUGCUAGUUGGUACUAGAGCUCCAUUUAUUACAAUCUAAUAUUCGACCUAUUAAAAAUCCGAUUCCUAUGUUGAAGUGUCGAUUAAUCUAAGACUAAAUUAGUCUUCUAUCUAGCGCGUGGACUUAAGUAUUCAAAAGCUAUAGCAGCUUUUAGUUGUCCUGGUAUUCCUUGUCACUUCAUCACGAGUCAUCCCAUCUUCACGAAAUUAACUUGAUUGUACAGCAAGCGACUAAAAUGAAAUUUGUGCAGUAAGUAGCUUGAUCAUAGAAGAUUGUAACAAGCAUAGCGCUACUCCUAAGCUGUCACAAAAGUGAACACUCGUCUGUCUUAGAAAUAUAAUUAUCGGCGAUCUUCAUCAACACCUAUCUGCACCGGAUAAGGAUCUGAUCUGGAGUAAUAUGAUGUAGGCGAUCUGAAAAUAUACUUGUUAGGGAAUGCUAGAGUACUACGUUUGAACACAAAAAAGGAGGAAGAGACUUCUCAGUAUCAUUCUCGCAGCAUGCAGCUCUUCACAGCACCUUCAACUUCUUAAACAAUUUCGGUUUCCUCUGAUCAAUCAGUAGUUGUAUGCAAAUAAAAUCUCCGAAUAAUUCAUCAAGAACUCGAGAACUAUGAUGUAUGAAAAAAAUAGAUGGAAAGAAGAGGUUCUUGUAUCAGUUUUAUAUGUAGGUUCUCGUACUACUUCAUCAUAUAUUAGAUAAUGUCGUGCUGGUUCUACUAAAUGUAAAUAUUGUUCUGGACCACAGCACUAUGAUCAGGGACGUACACAUGACAUCUAAAUUACAAAAGGUGAGAGCUGUUUAGGAUUAGGCUCUUGUUCCAUCGUAUAGCACUAGGCUGGACCAAUUAUGAUGAGAUGUAAUACGAAAACUCUCGUCCUCUGUCGCUUUCACGUUUCGAUUGCAGCAUAAGAAGGAGCCGUUAAAUUAGUCAGUGUAGCUGUUUAGUAGUGUGAAGGAAAAUGCAGUGUGAAUGGACUGAAAACAAGAGUGGAAAAUAAAGAGAAGUAUUUUUGACGUUCAUGUCCAUCCGUUAUAACACUGAGUAUGAUAUUGCUUUUGUCGUGGGCAGAGAGGUUGUGGGUCGGUCAUCCUCUUGAUUGUGCUCCUCUCCCAAAAAAGGCAUGAUUGAAACUACACGAGAGAGAAAGUCUAAGUUGCCAAGCGGAUCGUGUGGAGUUAGCCGGAGAGGAGACCAAGAACAGCCUACAUUCAAUAGUCGCACGAAGAGCAGUUGUCACGAUAUUAAAACUUUGUGUGUACAAGUCCCACAUGGUGGAGUCAAUUUCCUAACUCAAGAAAAAAAAAGUCAACGCAGAAUUUUUGCGAGUGAUGAAUGAAAGGCAAAGGAGUGCAUGAAUUAUGAGAAGGCGGCUAUUCGCGUAUGCCUAAGGAUUCAUCAUGUCAGUCACGACGCGACGUCCUCGGUGAUCGUGUCGGUCAAAUAGAAAUCUUGUCGGAGAGUAGCAGAGACACAUCAUACUUAAGUAUGUCGGUUCGCAAGCCUUACAUUACGAGAGCC